AAUGUAUUGUUUCUUUUACGCAGAGACCCAGCCGACAGUACGGGUUUAUCUGGUAUCUUCUUUAUCAGAACUUUGAUUCUCUUCUACUCACUCUUAUUCGGGCACACAGAUUUCCUGGACAUGUUGUUAGGAUAGUUCUUCUUCUUUACCAGGGCAUACAACCAAAUAAGCUUCAACGUCUAGUCCAGGAAUGGGUUUCUACUUCUUCAAUCACAUCUUCGGACGUGACGUAUCCAGAGUCUACUACAUCAAGUCCAACCUCUCGUAAACCUAGAUCUUCAGACCCAGAUUCUCCUUCUCUUAGUCCGCAGAGCUGUGUUCGUGUGAAUGCUUCUGAACUAAGUGAUAAAGAAGAGAUGGACCCACUUAAACCAACUUCAUCAAUGAGUAAGAAAAGUGAAUACUCCUCUGGUGAAGUUGAGUCCUCUAUAUCUGCUCCAUUAAAGGAAGGAAAUGGAGGUGAUGGAGAGGAGAACAACGAACCUCCAUCCAAGAGAUUGAAAUUGUGGAAGCUGAAUUCUAAUCCAAGAAGAAGAUUAAGAACGAAGAAGGAGAGAGAUUUAAAAUAUAAAGAUCUGGGAAUAAGUUCUGGUCCUGGUGAUGGGAAUAGUAGUGAAGAUGAGGAUACGGAUACAUGGCUGGUCAAGAACUCGGAAUUAUCUGAUCUAGGAUAUGUGUCCUAUAUGACGGAAAACGAGAAAAAGAAAAGGAGAAACGUCAGUAAUUUUGAUUCUUUAACUGAGGAUGAGAAACGAGCAAGGUGGAAGAAGCUCUCGGAAGCCCGGCUCAAGGGUACAAACAGAAAAUCCAGGACCUUAUUCUAUUACAUAGCAACAGAAGCAGAUGUUCUGGACAUCCUUACCGACUUCGCAAUCACAUUUCUUCUUCAGGGCUACCUUGUUCUCCAGGAAGAUAUCCUCAAGAUUAUCAGAACUUCAACUUCUCAAGAUAAAGAAGCUUUUCUGUACAAGGAAUUUUUUUCCUGGCUCAUUUACUACUUUCUUCCCUUGGCUUCAGUUAUGUCGAUGCCAUUAAAUCAGUUGCCGCUAAACUAUGAUAUAUUCCACUACCUUGUAUCUGAGUGCUCAGCUGUAGCUAUCCAAGUAUCUCUUUCUAGAUCUCCCUCUGUUGAGGAUCUUAAGAUAAUCUCAGGCUAUGUAAGAGCUCAACGAUGUUUUGUUGAAAUAUUAUCAAAAUACGAAGAUAAUUUUCAACUUGAUCAGAUUGAGAAAUACAAUUUAAAGUUGAUUUCUUUACAGAUUGUGAAAACUAAAAAUGUUCGCCAACUCUACGUAUUUUUGACUUGGCUGGCGUCGAAGAAGAAUUUGAAUUCUACUCAGUUUUUGUCUGAUCUUGUGGUAGCCAACCACAUUCAUCUAGCAACAAUCCAGUCCCUAAAUGUGUUCAAAGCAGAUUUCAACAUGACGGAUCACAUCCUCCAGUUUUCUGCUCCGUCAAUGAUGACUCCGUAUGGAUUUCUGCUGGAGAAGUAUCGAGAGAAUACAAAUACCGUUAACGACUGUAUAUUCACGAUGAUGCAUCAUGUGGCUGGAGACCUUUCUUGUCCCCAGGCUUUGAAUAUAGAACCUAUGAAGAAGACCAUCAGACAAAUAACCAAACAAGGAGUUGUUCUCUGUGAUGAUUGGCAGGAUCUGAUAGAAUAUCUUGCAAACUUUUACAGCAAAACAAACGCUACCAGAAAUCUUGCUGUCAGAAGCGUUUACUCCGAUCCAGGGCCCAAAGUUGGUAGAAGUAGGACAUCGGUUAAAAGUGAAAUGGAUUCACGUUCACAUCACCCAGGGAAUUCUCCUCAUCAUGGUACUGUUGUCAGCGAAGUAAAAGCAAGGUCCAUGGAGGAUUCUCUGUUUCCAUCAUGUAGUUGGCAAGUCUGCGAAACUGAAGCUAUUAAACCGUCAGCUGAUGAACCCAUAGUUGUUAAACCUACAGCUAUUGAAAUUACAGCUGUUGAACCUGCAGCUGUUAAACCUAUAACUAUUGAACCUACAGCUUCAAAAGGCGUAGCUGUUAAACCUACAGCUGUUGAACGCGCAGCUCAUGAUUAUGAACCUACAGUAGAGGAAAACUCAGUGGCGAAACGCAGUGCCGGUGAAUGUGCAGCUAGUAAACCUCCAGCUGUCGAAUCUGCAGAUUGUAAACGUCCAGCUGUCGAAUCUGCAGCUGUUGAGACUACAGCUGGUGAACCUAAGAUAGAAUAUGAACCAGAGAAAGAAAACCAGGUUGAUGAAGUUCGAUUUCUGGAUAAGAAAAAGAUGAGACGUAUGUCAGGUUGGUUUUCUUCUUUUACGUCACAUUCAUCUUCAUCAUCUCCUCCAUCUCCUUCAUCUCCUGAACAUUAAGUGAAAAGUUUUUGCAAUACUAAGGAGAAGAGGAUGCGGGAAUGUAUAAGGACAGGAACUAUGGUUUUUUGUAAUUAUAAUGAAAAAUGUAACAAGGCUCCAAGGCUCUGUUAGCAGAAAAAAAAUGUUCUCUUCUAAUUUUUUAUAUAAUGGAGAAGAAAUCUAGUCCUGAAUGUGUUGAAUAUAACCAGUUCCUAUCCCCCUCUCCUCAAUAUUUAAUUAGUAUAAGUAUUACCAUCUUAAAGGUUGAUUUUGGGGUCGAUUAUUAUUAUAAAUCUAGUUACAGGAAGACUGAUUUAUGCAACAAGCAUGAUUAGAAUAAUGUUUUUUUACACAUUUUCUGUAUUAUUUUCUAUAUUAUAUUCUGCAUCUGCGCUGACUUCAAUUCUAUCAUCUGUAAACACAUCAUUCAAAUUAAACAUGUAAUUUAAGUUUUUCUGUUUUUGGUAAUUC